AUGUCCGCUUACGCAUCGGGGGACCUGGAGUCAGGCUACCGACACCACACAGAGCUGCCCCCUGGCCAGCCAAAGUAUAUGGCUACAGUUUACCAAUCACUAAAAUCAUUUGUCGUCACACAGGUCGAGUCCCGACGUGCCGGAAUAGCUCGUAACCUCCGCGAGGUCAUCCAAAUAGCCCAGGAAAUACUUCGAGAGGUGGAACUCCAGGAACCACGCUUCAUUAACACCCUUAAGGCUUCAACAGACGGUAGUAGUAGUGGAAGUGGCAGCCUCGCACUCAAAUACGGCGUCGACGUUGAACUUUAUGAAGGUCUUCGGGUGAACUCGUCGACUGAGUUCGAAGUGAUCCUGUUUCUCAAUCAAAUGGGAGUCUUUAAUUUCGUCGACGAUGGAAGUGUGCCAGGCGGUGCCGUUUUGAAGUUGUCCGACGGUCGAAAGAGGAGUAUGUCUUUGUGGGUGGAAUUCAUCACGGCUUCGGGCUACCUUUCAUCGAGGAAGAUUCGCGCCCGAUUUCACAGCCUCGUAUCACAGGCGAUCGACAAAUCCACCUUCCGCGGCAUCCUACAACACAUCGGUGGGAGUAACAGUGAGGUGAAGAUACGAGUUCGCGAUCGGUACACCCUGCAAAUAACCCCAGCUUUUCGGUGCCAGGGCCUGUGGCCUCGAUCAGCCAAUCACUGGCCGCCCGCAGCGUCUCCUGGUUGGCUCGCUUGGCCCUGUCCGCGUCUCGUAGCCGAGGUGAAACACGAGGGCUUCACUCUUCUUAGUCAGGAAUCCUCUUUUGCCAGGUCGGACAAACAGCAGCAGGCUUCUGCCGAGGGCGAUGCUUGGCAGUUGGAUUUCUACGAGGCCGAGGAGCGUCUGCUGAGUCAGGGGUCGCGCCAGCUUUGUCUGAGUGUCCUGACAACCCUACUAGAGCGACACCUGGUCAUAAACGACACCCCUAUACUCCAUGACUACCUCAUCAAAACUCUGCUGCUGCAUGAAUGCGAGAAGCAUCCGCGAGAAGACGAGUGGACGGAGUACGCACUGCCUGACAGGAUUAAUGGCAUCCUCCUUCAGCUCAUUUCCUGCCUGCAGCAUCGAUACUGCCCUCACUACUUCCUCCCCCAGCUCGAUCUCUUCUCCAGGCACUCCAUUCCGAUCCUGGAAAUCGCUGCUCGAAGAAGCUGGGCCCUCCUUCGAAGUCUCAUCACCUGCCCUUCGGCAUUCCAGAGAUUGUAA